ACUAUCAUAGAAAUAGACAUCUCAAUGGAAUCGAAAGGAAAAAUAUUUGGUGCAAUUUGUAUGCAGUUGCUAAGGUCUUCAGAGGACAAGUCUGAUACUGUUAUGCUUCCUUUUGAGGCUGAAUUGGAUGGAACAGCAAUGGAUGAUGAUCGUGGAGGACCCAUAUUAGCAUCUCUUGAGGUUUUGGAGUAUUCUUCCAAUGAAACUGCUGUUGCUAUAUCUCUGAAGAAUUGUGCUCCUUACCUUUUGAGAGUUCUUGAGAUUACUGAGGUUGCAGAUAGUAAAACCUUCCAGAUAAAAUACAGUCAAGACUUGUUGCUUUUCCCAGGCAGUGACACAUAUGUUUCUGUGGUUACUUGUACUGAAAGAAAUGUCAAAUUAUAUGGACACUGUACAUUACUUAUAUUGACAAAUGACUCAACAAGCCCACAGAUUGAAAUUCCUUGCCAGGAUGUUAUUCAUUUAUGUUCAAGACAUUGGAAAGGUUCUACCACUGAAUUUGAACAUCAGUCAGAAAGAAGUGAAUCAGGUGAUAUGAACAGUGUGUCCUUUGACAGUGGCUUGCAGUGGCCAUCACAGAGGGCAACAGAGACAGCAGAAGCAGAUGAAUUGGUGCUGCAGAACUGGAAAUCUCAAGAUACCAGAAGUGGCAUGUCUGUGCUUGAUGAUCAUGAGGUAUUCUUCCCAAUGCUUCAGGUAGGAAGUCAUUACUCUAAGUGGAUCACUGUAAAGAAUCCUAGCCAAGAGCCUGUAGUGAUGCAGCUUAUACUGAACUCGGGGGAGAUUAUUGAUCAAUGCAAGACCCCAGGUGGUCUUAUACAGCCUCCUUCAUCUGGUAGUUUGGUUCGUAAUGAAUCCACUUCUCCCAGUAGAUAUGGGUUCUCAAUAGCAGAAAAUGCACUAACAGAGGCUUAUGUUCAACCAAAUGGUAGAGCAUCUCUUGGACCAGUAUUGUUUCACCCUUCCAGUCGAUGCAAGUGGAGAAGUUCAGCCCUCAUAAGAAACAAUCUUUCUGGCGUGGAGUGGUUAUCUCUGAGGGGAUUUGGAGGAUCACUUUCCUUGCUUCUGCUUGAAAAGUCUGAGGCUGUUCAGAGUGUAGAAUUCAACCUCAGCUUACCACUUCCUCUCAACAUUUCUCCUCCAGACAUGUUAUUUCACACGGAAGAUGCCACUCAUUCUUGUUUACGCCCAUUAGCAAAACAGCUCUAUGCUAAGAAUAUAGGAGACUUGCCACUGGAGGUUAGAAGAAUCAAAGUGUCCGGAAAAGAGUGCGGGAUGGAUGGGUUUAUGGUACAAACUUGCAAAGGUUUUGCUCUUGAACCUGGAGAGUCAGCAAAGCUUCUGAUAUCAUACCAGACUGAUUUUUCUGCAGCCUUGGUACAAAGGGAUCUUGAGCUGGCCUUUGAAACUGGUAUUCUGGUGAUACCCAUGAAGGCAAGCAUCCCUUUGCAGAUGAUCAAUAUAUGUAAGAAAUCAGUGUUCUGGAUGCGAGCUAAAAAGUACUCUGCAGCAGUACUACUUCUUAUAUCCUUGAUGUUUCUAGUAUUUUGGUAUAUAUUCCCCCAGGUGCUGGCCUUUUGCUCCCAUGAUUGUUUGUGGGUGAGCGGAAAAAGUUCCUUGGCUACUUCUACAAGUAGUUCAGAGAAAGUUUCUCAUGUGCAUAACUAUAGAGACAGUAAUUUUUCUGUGUCUGGUGAGAUAAACAGUUUGCUAAGAUCAGUUCGGGAAGAUAGAACCUUAAUGCAGGCAGUUGACCAGGCUGGGGCCUCAGAGCGGGAAAAAUUUGCUCAACAUGCAAAGCAAAUUCUACAAGGUCAUAGACAAACAAACUAUUUGUCAGAUACACCAAAGAAUAAAGCCAUGGCCUUCUCAUUGAUGUCUGAAUCGGUAUCAGUUGAGAAUUCUGACGACCUAGAAGCAUCCCAACCCGGUAACCUCACAGUCAAAACUGGAAAUGAAAAGGGAAGAAGGCGUAAGAAGAGAAAGGGUGCCGGUUCUAAGUUGACAGGACUUCUUGAAGUUUCAAGCAGUCAAAGUGGAAAUUCUACACCUUCAUCACCCUUGUCUCCAGUCACAUCUGUAACACCAAAACACAUGUGGCCACUAUCUCCCGAUCUGGGUCAAGCUGUUGAGGCCAGGAAUCCAUUUACUCAAGUAGCUCACCAACGCUGCCAGAAGAGUCAUGUUUUUAAAUCGGCUUCCAAGGCAAACUUAUCAUCAAGGCCUGAGGUUUCUUUGAAGAAUUUCAGUAACCACCAAACUUUUCCUUCUCAGGAGCAGCCUUCACCACCAAGAAAAGCUGCUGCCAGACCUGUUUUGUUGCCGUCUGCCACCUUUCCUUGCGCUGGAAGGCCUGCUCCUAAUGCGGUCUGCACUUCCCCUUUUCCGGCUUCAACCUCGGCUAUUUCUCCACUUGCUAGAGCCCCUGGGUCCAAACUCUAUGAGCAGAAAAAUGUUAGAGAAGAACGAAAGUCUCGGUUUGGGGAUGAAUAUAGAUAUGAUAUAUGGGGUGACCAUUUUCCUAGGCUUAAGUUGACUAGGACAAACAAUGUUACUUCAAUGAUCUCCAGCACUUCAGAGAGCGACUCUAAUAGCUUCUUUGUAAAGGGUCCGCAAACCCUCAUGACAAGGUCUCCACCAAGAUCUGUAAGUUUUUUCCAUCAAGAUGGUUAAUGAUAAAAAAGAAAAAACUAAAUAAUUUAUCAUGUUUCUCUUCUGCCA